ACCAGGAGGAGCAGACCUUAGCGUGGCUUCUCGCGCUUCCCUCAGCGCGCCAUGGCGCGGGCCAGAGCCGCGAAGGGACUGCUCCUACGUUCCGUCGCGCUGUGGCUCGCCCUGCUCGGCGCCAGCACGGCGACUGCGUCCAAGGCGGUGACCGCACACUUGGCUGCGAAGUGGCCCGAGACCCCGCUGCUGCUGGAGGCCAGUGAAUUCAUGGCAGAAGAAAGUAAUGAAAAGUUUUGGCAGUUUGUGGAAACAGUAACAGAAUUAGCAGUCUAUAAGCAGACAGAAUCAGAUUAUUCUUACUACAACCUAAUCCUGAAGAAAGCUGGGCAGUUUUUAGACAAUAUACACAUCAACCUCCUAAAGUUUGCUUUCUCGAUAAGGGCAUACUCUCCCAUGAUUCAGAUGUCCCAGCAGGUUGCUGCCGAGGAGCCACCACCAGACGGCUGCGCGGCGUUUGUGGUCGUGCAUACAAAGCGGACCUGCAAAACCAGCGAACUUAAGAAGCUGCUGAGUAAGGCUGCGUCAAGGCCCAGGCCUUACCUAUUUGAAAGAGAUCAUAAGUUUCCCACAAGCAGUGAGAACUUACCAGUGGUUAUUCUCUAUGCAGAAAUUGGUACAAGAGCGUUUGCUGAAUUUCACAGAGUAUUGUCUAAGAAAUCAAAAAAUGGUAAAAUCCUGUAUGUUCUCCGCCACUACAUCAAGAAACCAAGCUCAAGAAAAAUGUACUUAUCUGGCUAUGGAGUGGAGCUGGCAAUUAAAGAUACAGAAUACAAGGCAUUGGAUGAUAUCCAAAUUAAAGCUACGACUGAUGCCACUGUAGAAAAUGAGACCGGAGCAGAUGAAGUUCAAGGAUUUCUUUUUGGGAAACUGAAAGAAAUAUAUUCAGAUCUUAAAGAGAAUCUGACAAUAUUCCAAAAGUACCUGAUUGAGAGCAGCAAAGAAAUGACACCUUUGAAGGUCUGGGAAUUACAAGAUCUUAGUUUUCAAGCAGCCUCUCGAAUAGCUUCCACUCCUGUUUAUGAUGCCAUAAAGUUAAUGAAAGAUAUUUCACAGAACUUUCCUGUAAAAGCCAGAUCUCUCACCAGGAUUGCUGUAAAUGAGCUACUGAGAAAAGAAAUACAGGAAAACCAGAAGGACUUACGUGAUAGAUUCGAAAUUAUGCCAGGUGAUGCUCAUCUGUUUAUCAAUGGCCUUCCUGUUGACUUGGAUGUUUAUGACCCCUUUAGUAUUUUAGAUUUGCUGAGAUCAGAAGGGAAGCUGCUGAGUGGCCUUAAAAGUCUUGGGCUCAGUGAAGAAGAGAGGAGCAGGUUUUUAAAAUUAAACUCACCCGUGUGGGACGAUGACUUUGUUUUAGAUAUUCGGCAUUCUUCGAUAGUGUGGAUCAAUGACUUAGAAAAUGACGCUUUGUAUACUGAUUGGCCGACAAGUUGCUGGGAAUUUCUAAAGCCAGUAUUACAUGGAACAGUGCCUUCUGUAAGGCGUAAUUUUCAUAAUUUGGUUCUGUUUAUUGAUCCUGCUCAAGAAUAUACCUUGGACUUUAUAAAUUUGGCAGAAUUUUUUUAUUUUAAUGAAAUCCCUCUUCGAAUUGGCUUUGUCUUCAUUCUUACUAUAGACAAUGAAGUUGAUGGAACAACAGAUGCUGGGGUUGCUCUUUGGCGAGCUUUCAGUUAUAUUGAAGAAAGCUAUGGUGUGUCAGAAGCAUUUCUUUCUAUGACACAUAUGUACCAAAAAGUGAAGGGUCGUCAUGUACUCACUGUGGAUGAUGUGAGGACUGUUCUUCAAAAUAAAUUUCCUCAUGCCGACAUUCUGGAUAUCUUGGGAGCCCAUUCCAAGUAUGAUAGCAGGAGAAAGGAAGGAGCAAACUUUUAUAAGAUGACCGGCCUAGGUCCUUUGCCUCAAGCUCUUUAUAACGGUGAACACUUUGGCCUCAAAGAGAUAGACACUGAAGAACUAAAAGGGGCCAUUCUGGAAAAAAUGAUGGAUGCGUUUAUAUAUCUACAAAGAGACGUUUUUAUGGGCAAAAUAACGGAUGAAAUCAAUGCAAUUGAUUUCCUGAUGGAGAAGAGUAACGUUGUACCCCGGCUAAAUUCUUUGAUUUUGCACACUGAACCACAGUAUCUUAACUUACUGUCUUCAUCAGUAACUGCUGAUAUUGAAGAUUUCUCUACUUUCUCCUUCCUGGAUUCACAAGACAAGAGUGCUGUUGUCGCAAAGCACAUGCAUUACUUAACCCGAGACGAUGCUGUCAUAUCUGCAGUCACUCUGUGGAUUGUUGCUGAUUUUGAUGUGCCGUCGGGGAGAAAACUGCUCUCUCAUGCGUUAGAGCACAUGGAAACAACUUUUCAUAGUCGGUUAGGAAUUGUUUACAACCCCACGUCAAAGAUAAAUGAGGAGAACACAGCCAUUUCUAGAGGAAUUUUGGCAGCUUUUCUUACACAUAAAAACGACCUCUUGAGAAACUUUCUCAGGAAACUGGCAAAAGAAGAAACCGCUGAAGCAAUUUAUUCUGGAGAUAAAAUUAAAACCUUCCUUGCUACGGAGAUGGAUAAGAAUGCUUUUGAGAAAAAAUAUAACACCAUUGGAGUAAAUAUUUUCCGAACUCACCAGUUAUUCUGUCAAGAGGUUCUUAAGCUGCGACCUGGAGAGCCCGGGAUUGUCAGCAAUGGAAGAUUCUUAGGACCUUUAAAUGAAGAGCUCCACAAAGAAGAUUUUCACUUGCUUGAAAAGAUAACAUUUAGUGAUUCAGUAGUGAAAAUCGCAGGCAUUGUUGAGAAUAUGGAAAUGAACUCAAAACACAUGAGCGACCUCGUGAUGAAAAUAGAUGUGCUUACCUCUUCAUUGCCCGUGCGUGCCUCUCGCUCUGAUGUCACGUUACUCAAAGAAAAUCUCAGUGUUAUAAAGAUAAAUCCUCCAGAGAACGACACGUUUUUUGAUGUCAUUGCUGUUGUCGAUCCUUUGACAAGAGAAGCUCAGAAGAUGACCCAGUUACUGGACGUGCUUGGGAAGAUCGUGAACGUGAGGAUGAAGCUGUUCAUGAACUGCAGGGGUAAGCUUUCAGAAGCCCCGUUAGACAGCUUUUACCGUUUUGUUCUGGAACCAGAGCCGUUCUCAGGGGCUAGCAAUAGUCCUUCUCAAGGACCAGUGGCAAAGUUCCUGGACAUCCCAGAACCACACCUUCUGACCCUCAACAUGAUCACCCCAGAAGGAUGGCUGGUGGAGCCAGUACACAGCAACUGUGACCUUGACAACAUUAACUUAAAGGAUAUUGAGAGGAGUGUUACAGCAGAGUACGAACUAGAGCAUCUGCUCCUUGAAGGACAUUGCUUUGACAUGACCACAGAACAGCCCCCGCAGGGCCUGCAGUUCACGCUGGGCACAAGAAGCAAUCCUGACGUAGUUGACACAAUAGUAAUGGCCAAUCUGGGAUAUUUUCAACUAAAAGCAAACCCAGGUGCAUGGAUACUAAAAUUACGUGAAGGAAAAUCAGAAGAUAUUUAUGAAAUAAUUGGGCAUGAAGGAGCAGACUCUGAGACUGACGUAGGCAAUGUCAUUGUCGUGUUAAAUACUUUCAAGAGCAAGAUUCUGAAAGUGCAGGUAAAGAAAAAAUCAGGUAAAAUUAAAGAAGAUGUCCUUGCUGAUAAACAUGAAGAUAGAGGCAUGUGGGAUUCAAUUAAAAGCUUCACAGAAAGUCUGCAGAAAGAUGGCAAAAAGGACAACAACAUCCUAAACAUUUUUUCAGUUGCCUCUGGCCAUUUAUAUGAGCGGUUUCUACGGAUUAUGAUGCUUUCUGUUCUGCGGAACACCAAAACACCAGUGAAGUUCUGGUUUCUGAAGAAUUACCUCUCGCCAACAUUUAAAGAGGUGAUCCCUCACAUGGCUAAGGAAUAUGGAUUCCAGUACGAGCUUGUCCAGUACAAGUGGCCCCGCUGGCUUCACCAACAGACCGAAAAGCAGCGAAUCAUUUGGGGCUACAAAAUCCUUUUCCUCGAUGUCCUUUUCCCACUGGCUGUGGACAAAGUCAUAUUUGUUGAUGCUGACCAGAUCGUGAGGCAUGACCUGACAGAACUUCGAGACUUUGAUCUGGAUGGAGCUCCUUACGGAUAUACUCCAUUCUGUGAUAGCCGCACUGAAAUGGAUGGAUACCGUUUCUGGAAGACGGGAUACUGGGCAUCACAUCUCGUAAAAAGGAAAUACCAUAUCAGCGCCUUAUACGUGGUGGAUCUUAAGAAGUUCAGGAGAAUUUCAGCAGGUGACAGGCUCCGGGGCCAGUACCAAGCUCUUAGCCAAGAUCCAAAUAGUCUUUCAAACCUAGAUCAGGAUCUCCCCAACAAUAUGAUUUACCAAGUUGCCAUCAAGUCUCUUCCUCAAGACUGGCUGUGGUGCGAAACCUGGUGUGAUGACGAAUCUAAGCAAAGAGCCAAGACGAUCGACCUGUGCAAUAAUCCCAAAACAAAAGAACCCAAACUAGAAGCUGCCGCAAGGAUUGUCCCAGAAUGGGUCGAGUAUGAUACCGAGAUCCGGAAACUAUUAGAUCAUCUUGAAAAUAAGAAGAAAAGUACAAUUCAUGAUGAACUCUAACACAGACGAUGAGAACGAUGGAAAUCUGCCACCUGCUGAAAAUUUGUGGAACUGCUAAGACUAGUAGGCCAUUCGUUCCAAUUAUUGACAUAAGGUUGGCUGGUUUUUUAUAAGCUUUAUUUAAAACACAUGUAAAGUUUUAAAAUAAACUUAAUUUAUGUGA